UUUUGUCGGUCUUCGAUGACUUGUUUUUUGUUGCCCGUGAUCGCUUGAUAUGAUGCUAACCUCAAUCAAUCUAGGAAGGAUCCUUACAAUUUCCCUGUGGGGCAUGAUGUAAGGACUCGGUAAGGAGAAGAAGUUGGUUUCAGUAGUGGAGGAAAAGAAAUAGUGCAGAACACUUGGUGCUUGACUUAAUUAAUCACCAUCAAUCAUAAACAUGAACUUAUCUAUAGUCUCGUUAUGUUUCUGAUGAUUAUUCUCUCUCCAUUUCGUUUCUAGCUAUUGAUUUUAAUUUUGAACUCCUCAACUUGUUUCUUCAAAAUACUUAUUAUUAUCUCUCAUGGAGGCAGUAGCUGCAGUCGGAGAAGCUUUUUUCUCUACUAUGUUUGAAGCGCUACUUGAUAAGUUUAACGCUUCUGACUUGAUGAAUUUUGCCCAGAAGGAGAAAGUUUACGCUGAACUCAAAAAGUGGGAGAAGAUAUUGAAGACUAUCAACGCAGUUCUCACUGAUGUAGAAGAGAAGCAAGUAACAAAUAGGAGCGUUAAAGUCUGGCUGAAUGACCUAAGAGACUUGGCUUACGAUGUAGAGGACAUAUUAGAGGAGUUUACCUACGAAGCUUUGCGACGAAAUUGGACAGCAAAACCUCAUAGCAGCACUAGUAAGGUAAAAGAGUUUUUCUCUACUGGUUUGAGAGGUUGUGCUGUCACGUUUAAUGUCAAGAUGGGGUCAAAGAUAAAGGAGAUCAGCAAAAGGCUGGAGGAGAUUGUAACCCAAAGGAGCAACCUGGACUUAGGAGACAAUGUCGGAGGAAGGGCCAAAAAAGCAAGAGAUCUUCAAAGACUGCCUACAACGUCUUUAGUCAAUGAAGUCAACCACUGCGGCAGGGGGAAAGAUAAGGAAGCCAUACUUGAAUUUUUACUAGAUGAGAAUACAAGUGAAGCUCAAGUCCCUGUGAUUAACAUAACUGGCAUGGCAGGCAUUGGCAAGACCACUCUUGCUCAGCUGGUUUACAAUGAUGAUAAAGUCAAAGGUUUUUUUGACUUACAAGCUUGGAUCUAUGUUUCAGAAGAUUUUGACGUCAUAAAGGUCACAAAAGCCAUUUUACAGGCUGUCACUUCUGAAAUUUGUGAUAUCAAUGACCUGAAUUUGCUUCAUCUCAAGCUAAAGGAGGCGCUAUCAGGGAAGAAACUUUUACUAGUCUUAGAUGAUGUUUGGCAUCAGAACGAGGAAGGUUGGAGUCUCUUUAUCCGUCCUUUUGAAGUUGAGAACUCGGGAUGCAAAAUCAUCAUCACGACUCGCAAUCUAUAUGUUUCACAAAUAACAGGUACUGUACUUGCUUAUCCUUUAAAAGAGUUGGCAUAUAAUGAUUGUUUGUCAGUUUUAGCCUGGCAUGCUUUGGGAAGCAAAAAUUUUGACGGGCAUCCACAACUGAAAGAAAUUGGCGAAGAAAUAGUGAAGAAAUGCAAGGGGUUGCCUUUGGCAGUAAAAACUUUGGCAAGCCUCCUGCGUACCAAGCUGGCCUACAAAGACUGGGAAGCUGUAUCCAGGAGCAAGAUGUGGGAUCAGACAGAAGAGAAAGGAGGCAUUUUCCCAGCUUUAGGAUUGAGCUAUCAUCACCUCCCUUCUCAUUUGAAGCCAUGUUUUGCCUAUUGCUCUUUAUUUCCAAAGGACUAUGAAUUUGAUAGAGAUGAGUUGGUUCUUUUAUGGAUAGCAGGGGGUUUUGUGCAAUCAAAAGAGAAUAAGCAACUAGAAGACUUAGGUGGCCGGUACUUUUCUGAUCUGCUAUCAAGGUCAUUUUUUCAACAGUCAAAUAAUAACAAAUCGCUGUUUGUAAUGCAUGACCUCAUUGUUGAUCUUGCUCAAUCCGUUGCCAAGGAUUUGUGUUUUAAUAUGGAGCAUGAACCGCAAAUUGAUGAUGGCCAACCUUUUUUUGAAAAGGCUCGCCAUGUGUCAUUCAUUCCUCAACUAUACGAUUUCUCACAAAGGUUUGAGAUCUUCGACAAAAUGAAGGGUGUUCGGUCUUUCCUAGCAUUGCCGAGAUCGUGUCAGAGAAACUAUUGCUAUAUAAGUUGUAAGGUAUUGCACAAAUUGCUGCCAAAAUUAAAAUGCUUAAGAGUGUUAUCCUUGAGUGGCUAUUUCAUUGCAGAGCUACCAAAUUCGAUCGGUGAUUUGAAGCAUUUGCGGUGCCUUAAUUUGUCUAAAACUGCAAUAAGAUUGCUGCCUGAAUCAGUUUGUAAACUUUACCAGUUACAAAUGUUAAUAUUAAACCAGUGCAGAGAACUUACUGCUUUGCCUGGUGAAAUUCGGAGACUGAUUAAUUUGCGUCAUCUUGACAUCAGGGAUACUCCCAAACUUCAAGAGAUGCCAUUAGGGCUAGGAAAUUUGACUAGUCUCCGGGUAUUGCCCAAAUUUAUUGUCGGGAAAGCUGGAGGGUUGAUGUUAAGAGAGUUAAGGGAUUUGCCUCAUCUACAAGGUCAGCUUUCCAUUUUAAGGCUGCAUAACGUGGUGAAUAUUCAGGAUGCAAGGAUUGCCAACUUAAAGCAAAAGCACGGACUGAAGGAGUUAGCCCUGGAAUGGAGCGAUGAUGAUGGUAUAGACGGACACAACCAAAUGCAGGUCCUUGAGUCACUUAACCCUCCAAAAGAUCUCCAACGGCUGUCCUUUUCACAUUAUGGAGAUAAAAAGUUCCCUUCUUGGGUAGGGAAUCCUUCUUUCGCUAACAUAGAGCAGCUAGACCUCUAUGGCUGUAUAAAUUGCGAAUCCUUGCCACCACUCGGGCGACUACCAUUACUUAGAAUCUUGAAUAUAAGAGGCAUGCAUGCAGUGGAAAGUUUGGGCCGUGAAUUUUACGAGGUGGCUUCUCCUUAUGUCAAGGCUUUUCCAUCUUUGGAGUUCUUGAAGUUUGAGAAAAUGCCAAAAUGGAAGGAAUGGAUUCCAUUUGUGGUUAAUGUAGAAGUUUUCCCUAUUCUUCGCGAGCUUAUACUGCACGACUGUCCCCAAUUAGCUGGAACGUUACCAAGAACCCAUUGUUCUCUGGUAAAACUAGAUGUUAAAAAAUGCCCACGGUUAAUGAAUUCACCUUCAAGCUUCUCAUGCUUAGGUGAAUUGACUAUUGAAGACAGUAGUGACGUAAUCCUUAGAAGUAUGGUUGAUCAUAGCCCCAUCACCAAAUUGAAAGUUAAGAGAAUUUCAGGCCUUACUUGCUUAACUGAGGAGCUCACAAAGGCCUUUGUGAAACUUGAAGUUCUAGAGAUUGAAGGUUGCAGUGAACUUGCGUGUUUGUGGAGGAAUGCAUCAGAAUUAGAAAACCUGCCUCGGCUAGAGACUUUAGUAAUAAAGAAUUGUCCCGAGCUUGUAUCCUUGGUCGGAGAAGAGCAAGCGCUAUGCCGCUUCUCAUCUCUUAAAGAUCUCAGGAUUGAAAGCUGCCAAAAAUUUGUGUCCUUGCCAGCAACAGGGUUGCCCUAUACACUAAAGUACCUUAAAAUCCGUGACUGCAAGGCUCUGGAGUCAUUGCCUGACACGUUUGGAACGAAUGGCUGCAGCACCCACCAUUGCCUUCUUGAAGAGUUGGAGAUUGUAGGAUGUCCUUCUCUAAAAUCUUUACCAACUGGCAAGUUGCCCUUGGCACUGAAGAGGUUGAGAAUAGAAAACUGCAGAAAUAUAGAGUCUCUUCGGGAUGGAAUAGUGCGACGUGAUGAUAACGAGAAUAGGGCAUUUCAUCUUGAAUAUUUGUGUAUAAGUGAUUGUCCUGCUUUAGAAUCCGUCCUGGAAAGUGGGUUGUCGAUCCCCAAUCUUAAAAUUGUCCGCAUAUCCAAUUGUCAGAAUCUCAGGGCGCUGCUAAACCAGAUGCAGAACCUCACCUCCCUUCAAGAAUUGAGUUUUUCUGACUGUGUGGCUCUCACAUCCAUUCCAGACGGUGGUUUGCCACCCAACAUAACUUCACUUGAGAUCCGAAAUUGUAAAAAUCUGAAGCAGCCAAUGUCAUAUUGGGGACUGGAAAAAAUGAAUUGUCUUACAGAAAUAAAAAUUGUUGGUUCAUGCCCUGCUGCAGAUAUGGUUUCCUUUCCAGAUGAUGAGGGCGUGAUGCUCCCUUCGACUGUAACCAAUCUUUGCAUAGAAAGCCUCCAGAAAUUGGAAUCUCUAUCAAGGGGACUGGAAAAUCUCAUAGCUCUCGAAGAACUGCACAUUAAAGGCUGCCGUAAAUUCCGAUUUCUACCAAAGACAGGCCUACCGGCCUCACUUGGACGACUGUGCAUCUCUGGCUGUCCUGUUUUACAAGACAAGUGCGUAAAGGAGAGAGGAAAAUACUGGCCCAUCAUAUCCCACAUCCCUUGUCUUGAAAUAGACUGAAAAUUUAUGGUGAAUCAGAUUGUAAUGACAGAGCAGCUACUAAUCAACUAUGGUGAUUACCCCACUUAUAUAGCUCUGAUUCUAACAAAAGAUCAGAGAGGAA